AUGGCUGAUUCGCGUUCACGGUCACCACGACCUGAACGUCGGAGGCGGAGCAGGUCUCCUGAUUACGACAGAUCGAGGCGCCCCAGGAAUCAAGGAGGUUUUCGAUGGAAGGGCAAAAGGCCGCGUGAUGACAGAAACCGCGAUGAUGAUCGCCGCUUAGAACGAGGUUAUCGGGAGAGAUACCGACCUCAGUCUCCUCGUCGUGACAGAAGCAGGGAUAGAUACGGAGAAAGGGAUCGAGGUCGCGACACAACUGCUCCAGCAAGACACGAUGACAAGGACGAGAAACAGGAUGGCAAUGAACCAAAACCAGCGCCCAAGAAACCCCCGGUCGCAGCGGCACCUGGCGAGGAGAUGAUUAUAGUCCAUGUCAACGAUCGUCUUGGCACAAAAGCUGCUAUCCCAUGCCUAGCCUCAGAUCCAAUCAAGCUCUUCAAAGCACAGGUCGCUGCCCGAAUCGGACGUGAACCCCAUGAAAUCUUACUCAAGCGUCAGGGCGAGAGACCUUUCAAAGAUCAGCUUACUUUACAGGACUACGGUGUCUCGAAUGGUGUACAACUCGAUUUGGAAGUCGACACCGGCGAUUGAACAGGCAUAUAGCGAUAUGGAGUGCUAUCUUC